UAAGCGCCUCUCACUGGCGCGCCGAGGAAACCUCCCAGCGGCGGUUGCUGUAGUAUGUUGUCAACGGAGAAUCGCGCAUCAAAUUUACUUUUUUUGGGAUUGCCUUAUUCAUUGAAGACUUAUUCAAACUAGAAAGGCUGUAAAAAGUUAUUGAUAUUCUGCUCCCAAUGUGAUAUUUUUAUAUAUAUAUAUCGCUCGAAAUAGGAUCUGAAGCAAUGGGGGCGUUUGGAGUGAUGAUAGGGAUGUUGCAUUACGCCGGGCUUUAUGUUCAGAUUAACACCGCUUUCAAGACUGUUGGAUUUGGCGAAGUAGACAAUUACCUCACUGGAAAUGCGAUCUUCACCGAGGUUCCCCAUGACACGACCACCCAGAGCGGGGAGGAUGUAGAGAUGGCCUGCUCCUUCCGGGGGGCCGGCGCUCCGUCGUACUCCCUGGAAAUCCAGUGGUGGUACUCGAAGAAACACGGGAGCUGGCAGCAGCAGCAGGAGGAGGAGGAGGAGGAGGAGGAGGAGGAGGAGGAGGAGGAGGAGGAACGCCGGAUGUCCAAGGAUGCAACCAAAAUAAGUGUGGUGAAGGUCGCCGGCAGCAACAUCUCCCACAAAUUGCGCCUGUCCAGUGUCAAGCCUUCCGAUGAGGGCACCUACGAGUGCCGUGUCAUCGACUUCAGCGGCAGCGUGCCCCAGCACCACCGCGCCCACGCCUACCUCCGCGUGGAGCCGCACAGACCGGGCCUGAGGUCUGCCGACCGGGACCAGACUUCCAGGGCUCAGCAGACCUCCAGGCACCAGGCGGCAGGCGGCCACCUGCAUGCCCACCCCGGGCACCAGGUUGCUGGGAAGGAGCUGAACAGAAAAGAGGCCGUUGGUGGUGGUGGCUGUGGAGAGGACUGUAAGGUGCUGUAA